GCCCCCUCUUCCGGUCCCGCCACCUCGUGUGGUCUCUUUCAGCUUGUCUGAGGCGGAACCUGCAGCUUCUGAGCUCCUCAGGAAGGACCAAAGCGACUGAACCUACAAACCUAGCAAGGAUGGCAGGAGGAAGAUGGACAGUUGACCUUAUCAGACUGCCUCCUGCAUCCCUCCCCAAAACCUCUGAGCAUUUUCUGCCAGGGCCCUCAGAGACAUCUGGAAGGAUGAAAGCGGCUGAACCUGCAAACCGAGCAAGGAUGGAAGGAGGAAGAUGGACAGUUGACCUUAUUAGACUGCCUCCUGCAUCCCUCCCCAAAACCUCUGAGCAUUUUUUCCCAGGGCCCUCAGAGAUAUCUGUAUGUGAUGGAAACAAUAGUCAGAGUUCCAAGAAGUCACCUGGAAUUUUAUUGAAGAAACCAUUUAAAUGUACAAAAUGUGGAAAGUCGUUCAGCCGGAAAGAACACCUUACAAAACAUUGGCGAACUCACACAGGGGAGAAACCAUUUCAGUGUAUGGAGUGUGGAAAGACAUUUGCUGAUUCUGGAAGCCAUAGAACACAUCAGCGGAUUCACACAGGAGAAAAACCAUUUAAAUGCAUAGAGUGUGGAAAAUGCUUCAGUGUGAGGGGAAGUCUUAUUGUUCAUCAACUCACUCACACAGGGGAGAAACCUUUUAAAUGUUUGGAGUGCGGAAAGAGCUUCAGUCAAAGUGGAAACUUUAGGAAACAUCUACAAAUUCACACAGGGGAGAAACCUUUUAAAUGUUUGGAGUGCGGAAAGAGCUUCAUUGAUCAUGCGUCCCUUAGUUCGCAUCAAAGAAUUCACACAGGGGAGAAGCCAUUCAAAUGUAUGGAGUGCGGAAAGUCUUUCAAAUGGAAUCAGAACCUUGCUAUACACCAGCGAACUCACACAGGGAAGAAGCUAUUUGAGUGUAUGGAGUGCAGAAAGUGUUUCAAGUGGAAACAUUACCUUAAAAUACACCAGCAAACUCACACAGGGGAGAAACCAUAUGAAUGUAUGGAGUGUGGAAAGUGUUUCAAGUGGAAACAAUACCUUACUUUACACCAGCGAACUCACACAGGGGAGAAACCAUAUGAAUGUAUGGAGUGUGGGAAGUGUUUCAGGUGGAAGCAUUACCUUACUACACACCAGAGAACUCACACAGGGGAGAAGCCAUUUAAAUGUAUGGAGUGUGGGAAGACUUUCACGGAUAGUGGAAGCCAUGCAAAACAUUUACGAAUUCACACAGGGGAGAAACCAUUUAAAUGUAUGGAGUGUGGGAAGACUUUCACAGAAAGUCGAAACCAUAGAACACAUCAGCGGAUUCACACAGGAGAAAAACCGUUUAAAUGUAUGGAGUGUGGAAACUGCUUCAAUCAAAGUUGCAACCUUAAAAAACAUCUACGAAUCCACACAGGGGAGAAACCCUUUAAAUGCACGGAGUGUGGAAAGUGCUUCAGUGAGAGGGGAAGUCUUAAUAUUCAUCUACGGUCCCACACAGGGGAGAAACCAUUUGAAUGUAUGGAGUGUGGGAAGAUGUCCGCUGACAGUGGAAGCCAUGCAAAACAUUUACGAAUUCACACAGGAGAAAAACCGUUUAAAUGUAUGGAGUGCGGAAACUGCUUCAAUCGAUGUGAAAACCUUAAAAAACAUCUACAAAUUCACACAGGAGAAAAACCAUUUAAAUGUAUGGAGUGUGGAAAGCGCUUCAGUCAAAGUGGAAGCCUUAAAAAACAUCUACGAAUUCACACAGGGGAGAAACCCUUUAAAUGCACAGAGUGUGGAAAGUGCUUCAGUGAGAGGGGAAGUCUUAAUAUUCAUCUACGGUCCCACACAGGGGAGAAACCAUUUAAAUGUAUGGAGUGUGGGAAGAUGUCCGCUAACAGUGGAAGCCAUGCAAAACAUCUACAAAUUCAUACAGGGGAGAAACCAUUUAAAUGUAUGGAGUGUGGGAAGCGCUUCCGUCAAAGAGGAACACUUAGAAAACAUCAACAAACUCACACAGGAUAAAAAAAGCAUUUAAAUGUGUGCAGUGUGGAAAGUGGUUCAGCUAGUAAUCACACCUUCACAUCAACAAAUUUACAUCUGGAAGAAACCAUUUAAAUGCAUGGAGUGUGGAAAGAGCUUCAGUGAAAGUGGAAUGUUCAUAUACAUCAGCGAAUUCACAUAGGAGAAACAUUUUAAAUAUAUGGAAUGUGGAACAAUUUUCACUCACAUUUCACUCUUAUCACAUAGAUAGAGCCAUAAAAUCAUAUAAUGGGAAGGGCCCCAAGGGACAUCUAGUCCAACGUGCUGCAAUGCUAAAAUCUCAAUGGAAGAUUUAAGCAAUGAAGGGGAGUCCACAACCCACCAAAGGAGUUUGUUCCCCUGUUGAAAAGCUCUUAUUGUCAGAAAGUUCUUCCUGAUGUUAGUCAGAAUCCGCACUUCAAUCAAUUUGCUAACUCCCAUCUUCUUAAAAUAAGAGCUAAUCUGAUCAUGUAGUUUUGCAUUUAGAAGUUUAAUAAGUUUCACGAUCAAUUAUACUGGCUGAUGUACGGUGUUAAAUAUAUGUGUUUAAUAUGUAUAAGAUGUGGCGUAUGAAUGAAUUGUAUUUGAAGCGAUAUAAAGAGAAGUUUGCAUUAGACAGGAGAGGUUUGUCUGUAACAAAUAGUGGGGUGUUUGGAGGUUUGGAGACCUGGGUCUCCAGCUGUUUUUGGACUACAGUUCCAAUCAUUCCUGACUACUGGUCCUGCUAGCUAGGGAUGAUGGGAAUUGUAGUCCAUAAACAGCUGGAGAACCAAGUUUGGAAAACCCUGGGCUUAAUGGUGACUCAUUGCUAGAAAACCGAGUGGUCUAUUUUGGCAGAAAAUGGAACCUGAGAACUCAGUGGAGCAAUGUAUUAAUUUGUAUCUUUGUAAGCUUCCCAAAAAGCUUCCCUUGUGACCCACUAGAGAUCCCACACUGGGGAGAAACCAAUCAAGUGCAUAGAAUGUGGCAAAAAAAAUCAACAAAAUCACCUUGUGAUCCACCAGAGAUCCCACA